AUGGAGCCUGCUGAAUCCAUUAGGAUGAAGCUGUAUUUCGAAAAACCGCCGGAAUUCACUGUUACCUUCACGAACAAGGAGGAUUUGUAUCAAUCCUUCAAGGAUCACGUUGAUAAAUGGACCACCAAACAAGCAACCACAUACUGGGUUGACGACCAUGGUGCUAAGGUCACGAUCGAUGACGCUGAUGCACUACUUAGCAUAGCUACGAAGGGAAAUGGAACAGUGAAUGUUACAGUUCGUGACGAAGGUGUUGAAGAAGAAUCGUGUCCCGAAUACGGUGAGGAAAUCGAGAAACGAAGGAGAAGGAAAGGUCACAAAAUCGAUCGCGGCCGGAAUCAAGAGGGUUCUCGUGGACGAGAUCAUCGUCGUUGUCGACGAGGUCAUGGCAGGUCCCAUUCAAGAGAUUCGUCGGACCAUGAGGGUUUCCAGGAAUUUUGUGAGCACUAUGCUCCGUACUAUGGACCUCCACCUUUCUUCGGUCCACCUCAUGGGCGACCACCGAUGUUUUGUCCGUGUAAUCCAUUUCAUUUUCCCAUGAAUGCUCGAUUCGGAGGCUAUCCGUUUUUUGGAAUGGAACGUGGUCGUUGUGGGCAUCCGGUCGAUGGCUGGCAAGGAAAUUUCCAUGGAUACUAG